AUGAUGUUGGAGAAACGCAAGAUUCCUGGUAUUUCACUUGGUCUUAUUCGAAAUGGAAAAAUAAUUCAUGCUAGAGGUUAUGGCUAUUCAAAUAUUGAGCAUCGAGUACCGGUGAAAAUAGAAACGAUUUUUCAAUCUGCAUCGGUUGGCAAACAAUUCACUUCGAUGGCCGUUAUGAUGCUUGUUGAAAAAGGAAAAAUUGAAUUAGAUAAAACAAUAAACUACUAUUUCCCGGAUGCACCUACUACAUGGAACAAAAUCACUGUUCGACAUCUUUUGACACACACUUCAGGAAUGGCUGAUUAUCUGGCUGAUUUAGAUUUACGUGCCGAUUAUACCGAAGAAAUAUUUUAUAAAGAAACUCAGAGAAUUCCACUUGUAUUUCAACCAGGUGAAGGAUGGAAUUACAGCAAUCUCGGAUACGCCAUACAAGGAUUCUUAAUUCGGCGUGUGAAGGGACAAUAUUUCGGUGAUUUUCUAAAAGAAAAUAUUUUCAAUCCUCUCGGAAUGACCACAGCAAGGGUAAUCAGCGAAGCAGAUAUAAUUCCGAAUCGUGCUGCGGAAUAUAUUUUGAUUGAUGGUGAACUCAAAAAUCAGCCAUGGGUAUCACCAACUUUCAAUUCGAUGGCUGAUGGAUCUUUGUACCUAACCGUCUAUGACAUGGCCAAAUGGAAUGCAGCACUUUAUACUAAUCAGCUUCUAAAAAAUCAAACAAGUUUUGAUGCAAUGUGGGGCCAUGUUAAACUAAACAAUGGUACUGCCUAUCCGUACGGUUUUGGUUGGACUUUAAAAGAAGCCCAAAACCGAAUGCGCAUUGUCGAACAUUAUGGCAUAUGGCAAGGCUUUCAAUCAAUGAUUAUUCGUGUUUUAGAGGAGAAACUUACAAUGGUAUUUUUUGCUAAUUUGAAUGAUCAAGACGUGCAUGAAAUUGCUCGACUUGCAUUGGCACUUUAUUAUGCGCCAGUAAAUAACAGAUAG